AUGCCGCUGGAUGUUCGAUGUAUCGCACUUUCGAAGCACCCACAAGCCAUUAGCAGCCUGUUUCUCGUUCCCAAGAUGCCAGAGUACGGUGCCGACGUGUUGAACAAGCGAGUCUUCAUUGAGUUUCUCGUUGACCGCAAAGGCACACGACGACCCUUCGCGGGAACAAUUUGCCGAGUCCUCGAGUCAACAGAUUGCGGCGACGAUGGCAUUUUGAUUCGCUACGUCGACCACGAAAUCAAGUUUGAUGAUGGCGAUGUGCGGGUAUUCAACCUCCAGGUGGAAGAAGAUGCUAAUCGUUUGUUUUGGAAGGCUCCUGUUGAGGAUGCAUGCGGUAAGAAACGACGUGCACGUGGCGGCGCUGAAUCUUGCGGUCCCGAGCAGAAGAAGAGUUGCCACGAGCAUGACAAAGGCCGUCCAACGAUAGCCAGGUUCCACGCUGAGAAGUGGCUCAGAAAUCUUCCACAAUGGCUUGAGGAUGAUGGGUUGAGCAAGGAUACGAUUCGGGGCUUCCUUACCACGGCAAUGAAACUGGCAUCUGGAGAAGGAAUCACGUACAAGAAUUGGCCCGAGGGCGUCACUUUCUAUCGAGGCAUUCCUGUGAGCCCACUCUUCGGUGACAGCCAAUGGGAGAAGCUGUUUCAAGAUAUCAAAGAGUACGAGAAGAAAUAUUGCAAUGGCAUUGAUAUUUCCUGAGGCAAAUUGCUAAGGAACCCUGUUCAGAAGUUGCGGCAGUUCUACCAGGACGAAUUCUAUGCGGAUCUAGUUUCUGAACCAUCGUGUCAACUCGAUACGGAAUCGAUAUCCGAUGGAGAAGAAAACUGAUCAAGUUGUUCAACCCACUAGCGGCGUGACUCUCCUAUGAAAGUCCACCCAUCAUCGAAUAGAAGGAGCACGGAAAUGAGAUUACCAUGAAUGUAGUUACUGGCUGAAUAGCAUGUUGUUUGUUGU